GAGAACUGAAGCUCGCCAUUUUCUUACAUUGCAGAAAUGUGGCGGGAUUGCUCCUCUUCUUCUAAAUCAAGGAGUUCCUACAGUAGGGGAGCUAUGCACAAACGCACGCCAACUCAUUUUAUAGCAUUCCAAAUCAUAAAUCCGGAGAUAUUGGAAGAGAUAAAAGAUGUCCAGAGGUCCAUGUUGUCCAACAAUCCAUCCCUAAUUGAUGUUAUGGUACCUGGACGAUUAGCCCAUAUUACAUUGAUGGUCGUGAACCUACAAAACUAUCAUUAUAGACAAAGAGCAAAAGAUGCAUUGAAUUUAUGUGCAUCAAGACUGAAAACAGAGUACAGGAACGAACCGAUAGUUUUAGACCUAGCAGGAAUUGGAAACUUCCGUAAUAAAGUGGUAUUCGCCAAAAUACAUGAUGCGGAUAAAACAUCAGAUGAUAUUCUCCAACAUGUUCAUGGUGUUGUAAAGAGCUCGUUUGAAGAGUAUGGUAUUUAUACCACGGAUACAAGAGCCGACUUCAAUCCGCACCUGACACUGGCCAAGACCCAAAAUGAUAUGGACAUAUCAGAAUAUGUUUACAAAGACAGGAUUGAUAAUUUCUUUGGGCGAGAACUGGUCAACAGGAUCCAGCUUUGCGCAAUGGGAGUGGACGGUGAAAGCUCUUACUACGACGUGCUGCACCAAGUUAAGUUUGGUUCACGCGUUCCGUCCAGUUCCCACUGUGAGAAGUACUAUACUAGACCUGCUGCUGGAGCGGAUGGUGGAGCAUUUGUUUAAAUCAUGUUUCUGUAGACUUGGAUAUAUAUUCCAUUACAAAAGACUUGGAGAGCUUAAGUUGCCGAUCAAAUAAUCACCUGUGCGAUAAACUAUGGCAGCACACUGUUUGAUGACGUCAAUUCAGAUCGAUUUGUGUUGCCAACGAAAGAAAAACUGAUCCAAUUUAAAUAGCAAGCAUGAAAUUGUACAUAAGAAUAUUUUUUUAAAAGUCUAUUUUGUACAUUUGAAUUAACAAUUUUGAUAAGACAAAGAACAGGUAAUGAACCUGUACCAAGUUGGGUCUAAAUUCCUAUUCUAUUUGUAAGUAUUUUAUGCAAUUUAUGAUGAAAUUGAUCAUCCUUAUUGAUAAAAUAAUGAUUUAAUAAAAUUUUAAUUUAUCAA